AUGGUGACCUUUCUUCUUCAUGCCCUGCUGGCGGCGAUGUUCCUUCCUGUUGUCAUGUUAACAAAUGGGACCCAGUCCCCUGUCCUCACCUUUGACCCAGCAGCUGUCAGUGACCGGGAUGCUUAUUGCCAGAUGCUCCUUCAGUCCAGCGUCCCCGAGCAGCAGAUCCCCUGGUUUUGUGUCUGCACUCGGUGCCAGAACACCAGAGGGCCCAAAGGAAACCGCGGAGACGAAGGGCUGCCAGGUAUUCCUGGUAGUGCUGGGGAAAGAGGCAUGUCUGGGUUCAGAGGUCCUCCAGGUUUCGUGGGCAGCCAAGGAGCCAAAGGACAAAAAGGCGAUGAUGGGGAUAAGGGCGACUGGGGACCUCUGGGGCCUGCAGGACUCAGAGGACUGCAGGGCUUCAAAGGUGAAAAGGGGGAGCAAGGUUUUGUGGGUCUUCAGGGGGAUCCGGGUCCUAGAGGAGAUGAUGGUGUCUGUCCUGAUAAUUGCAAGUCCAUCCCUGGAACUCAGGGACCAACUGGUUUGAUAGGCCCUGCAGGAUCCAGAGGUCUACCUGGCACCCCGGGGAUGCCGGGUCCCAAAGGUGCCAUGGGUGAGAUGGGAGAGUUUGGGCCCCCUGGUGUUCCUGGCUCUGUGGGUGAGAAAGGAGAGCUGGGGCCACAGGGGGAGUGCAGAUGUAUAGAUGGAGCCAAUGGACAUAAAGGCGAAAAAGGAGAUACAGGAGUCAAAGGUGAUGUGGGACCAAUGGGCACCGAGGGCCAAAGAGGGCCCCAGGGGAUAAAGGGAGGCAUGGGGCACAUAGGGAUGAUGGGUCCUCCAGGUCCCUGCAUGCCCGCCAUCCAGUCGGCCUUUGCUGCAGGCCUGACAACCAGCUUUCCCUCACCUAACACCCCCGUGGUUUUCUCCUAUGUUUUCUACAAUAUCCAGCAGAAUUACAACCCCAGCACCGGCAUCUACAUCGCCCCCAUCAAUGGCACCUAUGUCUUCAGCUAUCACGUCACCGUCUUUGACAAAGUCCUGAAAAUCGGCCUCUUUCGUAACUUCAUGCCAGUUAUUAAAACCACAGAGGCCAGCCAGUUAGCGACCACCUCACAGUCAGUUGUCCUUCACCUGCUGAGGGGAGAUUGGGUGUGGAUUCAGGUGAAGGAUAUGGUAACCAAUGGCAUGUAUGUCAGCAAUGAGGCCAGCAGUGUUUUCUCUGGCUUCUUGCUGCACCCAGAUUCAUGUGAUUUGGCUUUACUCAGAUCCCCCAUGCCCCUCAAGAAGGUUCCCGAUGAUGGAUACACCUGGGGCGGCACCCCCCAACCCUGA